CCUCAGUGAGAUUGGAGCAAUGGCGUAGGGUCACUAAAGCUAGGUGCACUCAGCCAUUUAUUGAAGUCUUGAAGUCUUCCUCGGUUAGAGUGUUUCAGUCAGUUUCAGUACAGAGUGAGUGGCGUAUCGGGUUGAGAUUGUUGAGAUCUUGCGAAGCCAAUAAAUAGAAGGAAAAAGAGUGUUUUAGUCAGUUUUGAUUUCUUGUAACAAACGAUUGAUGUGUGAUAAAUUGAAUGUGAUUACAUAAUUUAUCAGAAGAAUGGGAACAGUACGAGUAAUUAAUGACGAUCGCCAUUUUCAUGGUGAAUUAGCCAGUGCCGGGCAUAAGCUUGUAGUUGUGGACUUUACAGCAAGUUGGUGUGGGCCUUGUCAAAGAAUUGCUCCUGUUUUUGAGCAACUAUCCCUGAAAUACUCCAAAGCAGUAUUUCUGAAGGUAGAUGUGGACAAAUGUAGAGAAACCGCUGCAAUGCAGGAUGUACAUGCAAUGCCUACAUUCAUCUUUUACCGUAAACGUGCAAAGCUAGGUCAAUGUCAGGGUGCAGAUCCAACAGGGCUGGAAUCAAAAAUCCAACAGUUCUACGGCAGUGGUGACUCCAACGAAACUGACGAUUCGGUCGUAGAUUCUGCAUCUGGACAUAUGGAUUUAUCUUGUUUUAUAACGAAACAACAAUGUGAAUGUUUGAACGAGUCGGAUUAUCACACUUUUUCUCAGUGCUUGAACUCGGAUAGCGGAUACCUACAAAGUGACGAGGAUGAACAGUUGAUAAUGUCUAUUGCGUUCUCACAGCCUGUCAAGAUUUACUCGCUUAAAAUCAAAGCACCUACGGAGAAUGGACCGAAAAAUAUUAAACUGUUUAUCAAUCAACCCAGGACGAUCGACUUUGAGAUGGCGAAUUCCAAUACGAGUAUUCAAGAUCUAACGUUAUCAGCUAAGGAUCUUGAAGAAGGAAAUCAAAUUCCUCUACGCUACGUUAAGUUCCAGAAUGUGCAAAAUCUUCAAAUCUUUGUGAUAGACAAUCAGAACGCUUCGGAAACAACAAGAAUCGAUCAUUUAGUUAUAAUCGGCUCACCGAUCUCAACUACCAAUAUGGGAGAGUUUAAAAGAGUGUCUGGCAAAAAAGGAGAGAGCCACUAAAAGAGUUUUCUACAAGAACGACCUAUUUUAUUCGGAAUUUCAAUUUACGUACUAACAUUCCUUCAUCGUUUCAUUAUUUUCUGUUUACAAGAUCUAAUGUAACAACCGUGCGCUCGUAAUAAAGUUUCAUUUGGUUAUUAUGCAAA